GGUCGGCGUGUUCUCCGACGCUUAUCAGCGUCGUUUUGUGUUUUAAAAAGGCCGGGUUUGGGUAGGUAGAAUGUCAUUUCGUCUUGAGGCCUGACGAAGAUCAUUGGGAAGGAUUCGAAUUUUCGUCAUCAGAAUAUUUCGUAGUUUCGAUCACCAGAAAAAGUAAAUUUAUACGUGAAUUAUCAACAAUGGCUUUACAGCGAUGUCCUUCUCUUCUGAUUGUCUUAACGGCAAUUAUAGUUCUUAUGGUUGAAAUUGAUCAGUCGUCUGCAAAACACAGGAGCCCCGGAAAAUUACGUUAUAUUCCAUAUAAAAAAACGUCAAGGACCGUACGAACCGGUGGGUGUUCAUCGUUUGGACAUUCGUGUUUCGGGGGCCAUGGGAAGCGAGCAGACGAGGGAGUGCUGCUCCUCCCUGGGGCAGAUUCCGACCAGCAGCAGCGACUGAUGUUUCCAGCACGAGAAACAGGCUCAGAAGACGGCGAGGAUACGAUGAUACAGCCGGAGGGCUACGGGGCGCUGUCCCCGGCGUCGUCAGCGUCUCUCGUCCCAUCCGCGAACCGCCUCUCACCCUUCUUGAGGCAAUGGCUGCAGUCAUAUCGACGUUCCACGGGCGAUAUUGAAGUGGAAUAAAGGGGAGAGUGUCUGAAGAAUACACCGUUCAACUUAGACUGUGUCAACAAGAAAUAUUUUCAUUUGGUUACAAUUUUUGUCUAAUAUACCCAAUGAACAUUUAUGUAGCUAAUAAAAAAGGAAAAUCAGCAUUGUAAUAUAAUUAUUUUGUUGAGUUCCUUAUUAAAAUGAACGUUUUAAAAUUCA